UGCGGUCACGUGUGCCACUUUUGACCAGGAAAGGAGCACCGGCCAGCAGGGUCUUCUGGUAGUGGGAGCACCAACUCCGCACAGGCACCUCGCACCAGUGGAGUCUGGUCUCUGCAGCCCCUAACUGUCUCUCCCCCCGACAGCGAGACUCCCUCGUCUCAAGGAGGUUCCUGCCCUCACUUCGUCGUCGUUGUUUCUAUUGCCGAUUAAUUGUUUCUUACAAUAAGCUGAGGGGGACGCGCGAAGUCCUAACAGAGGCGGAACGAUGACAGCUGUCGAAACCCAAAUUACAUACAGCAACUCUUACACGAUCCAACAUGAAGAGGCGUAUAUGACCCAAGAGGAAGACUGGGACAGGGACCUGCUGCUGGACCCUGCCUGGGAGAAGCAGCAGAGAAAGACCUUCACAGCUUGGUGUAACUCCCACUUGAGGAAGGCCGGGACACAGAUUGAGAACAUUGAAGAGGAUUUCAGAAAUGGCCUCAAACUCAUGCUGCUGCUGGAGGUCAUAUCAGGCGAGAGGCUGCCCAAACCCGACAAAGGCAAGAUGCGUUUCCACAAGAUCGCCAACGUGAACAAAGCUCUGGACUUCAUCUGCAGCAAGGGGGUCAAGCUGGUGUCUAUUGGUGCUGAGGAAAUUGUUGACGGUAAUGUGAAGAUGACUCUUGGUAUGAUCUGGACCAUCAUCCUGCGUUUCGCCAUCCAGGACAUCUCUGUGGAAGAGACCUCUGCUAAGGAGGGUCUGCUGCUGUGGUGCCAGAGGAAGACUGCCCCCUACAGGAACGUCAACGUGCAGAACUUCCACAUCAGUUGGAAGGAUGGCCUGGCCUUGUGUGCCCUCAUCCACAGACACAGACCUGACCUCAUUGACUACUCCAAACUGAGAAAGGAUGACCCCAUUGGUAACCUGAACACUGCCUUCGAGGUGGCUGAGAAGUUCCUUGACAUCCCCAAGAUGCUCGACGCUGAAGAUAUCGUGAACACACCCAAGCCUGAUGAGAAGGCCAUCAUGACCUACGUGUCCUGCUUCUACCACGCCUUCGCCGGUGCUGAGCAGGCUGAGACAGCUGCCAACCGUAUCUGCAAGGUGCUGGCCGUCAACCAGGAGAAUGAGAAACUGAUGGAGGAGUACGAGAAACUGGCCAGCGAGCUGCUCGAGUGGAUCCGCCGCACCAUCCCCUGGCUGGAGAACCGCGUGGCCGAGCAGACCAUGCGCGCCAUGCAGCAGAAGCUGGAGGAUUUCCGUGACUACCGUCGCAUCCACAAGCCGCCCCGUGUGCAGGAGAAAUGUCAGCUGGAGAUCAACUUCAACACCCUGCAGACCAAGCUGAGGCUCAGCAACAGGCCCGCCUUCAUGCCCUCCGAGGGCAAGAUGGUGUCGGAUAUUGCUAAUGCCUGGAAGGGUCUGGAGCAGGUGGAGAAGGGCUACGAGGAGUGGCUGCUGACCGAGAUCCGCCGCCUGGAGAGACUCGACCACCUGGCUGAGAAGUUCAAGCAGAAGUGUGCCAUGCACGAGUCCUGGACUGGAGGUAAGGAAGAUCUUCUGUCCCAGAAGGAUUACGAGUCGGCCUCCCUGAUGGAGAUCAGAGCCCUGAUGAGGAAGCACGAGGCCUUUGAGAGCGACCUCGCCGCUCACCAGGACAGAGUGGAGCAGAUCGCUGCCAUCGCCCAGGAGCUGAAUGAGCUGGACUACCAUGAUGCUGCCACAGUCAACGCCCGCUGCCAGGGCAUCUGUGACCAGUGGGACAACCUGGGCACCCUGACCCAGAAGAGGAGGGACGCACUGGAG